AUGGACAAGUAUGCUCGCCAAGCAGGCGACACUACCUAUGACAGCGAUGCAGAGGCAGACGACGAGUUUGAGCGGAGCGUCUUCACGUCCCCUAACAUCCCGAAUCACUAUCAUGACCACUCCGAUCACCCUUCAGACUCCGAGGACGACCAUUCCGUGGUAGACGGCGAGGACACACCUACGACGCAGGGCUGGGCAGAUCGAGAUGGGAGGAGUCCGACGGGGAAAAUUACUCAGUGGACAGAGGAGGAGGUGGCAGAUUAUAUCGCCGCUCUUUCUCCCGCCCUGAAACAGUAUGGCCAGAGAUUUGUCGAAGAAGGCGUGAACGGGGAGGCGCUGAUCGCAUUGAACCACGACGAGUUGAAGGAAUUGGGAGUCACGAGCGUGGGACACAGACUCACCAUACUCAAAGCGGUAUACGAGCAAAAGAUGCGCGCUGGCGUGAAGAUUGACGAAGGAGACUAUGUGCCCCUUUCGGCAGAGGGUGAGAAGGGUGAAAUGCAUGCUACUCAGGACGACAUUGCGCGCAUAAUUGAUUCGCUGAGGUUACGGGACCAGCGGAUCGUGCAGGCAGAGCAAGAACUGCGGAUACUCAAAGCAGAUUUGGACAGGACGAUAGAGGAGAACCGGAAACUGAGAGAAGAGACGCUCCCGAUCAUGCGACUGGUCAAGAACCAGAACACGCCUCUACCGGACCCAGCGGGAGGCACGAUACCAUCACCACGAGAAAUAGACCCAUCAGCCAAGCAGGGAGACAACAAGGGCAGCUCGUUGAGCAGAAAAUUCUCAACCAAGAAGCUCUUCCUCAAAUCUGACAACAGCAAGCAACCAUCUCCAACACAUGCGCCACAAUCGCAUACUCCUCAACCUCGGGAAGUUCGCGACGAUGGCGGAGCACAUCUUGAGGCAUCUGCAGCUGCAAUGGCCGCCUCGACACAUCUGACUGCGAGCAUGACUGCACAGACGAGCCCGAAUAGCGUACAUGGACAGCAAUUAAGCCCCACAAGCCCUGCGUACUCAACAGGACCACCUACUGGAGGCUCACAUGGCCACGUGCCAGGCUCUGCAGCAGCGCCGAGCACGGUGGUACAAGACCAACCAAGCGCGCGCCUGCGAGAACAAGAUCGUUCUAGGCGGCAAGCACCUACACCAUCACCCAGAGAAGACGAAACGCCUAAUGCUGCAAGAGACAGGUAUGUGUGGGACAAUCCACAGGUCGAAAUCUUCAAAAGCUUUCGGGUCAGCAUCGAUGACCCUUGUCGCGUUGUGUUACCAGUUGCUCUUAAACGGUACAAUAUUACAGACGACUGGCGACAAUAUGCGCUCUACAUCGUGCACGGCGAUCAGGAACGAUGUCUCGGUCUCGAGGAGAAACCGCUACUGCUGUUCAAGCAACUCGAUAAAGAAGGCCGAAAACCUAUGUUCAUGUUGCGACGGCAUGCUUCGCCACAGGAAGGUUGGAGUGGAGCCGCUGGUGGCGGCAUUCCCACUCCAGAGACCAACAGGGUAUGA